AUGUUGCUACCUAUGAUAUAUCGUUCUGUAUUACGCUAUCUGACAGCGACUGAUUUGUUGCGUCCAAUUUGUGCACCGUCUAAUUUCGUCCGUUUGAGAGCACUCUCUGCUCGAGCCACCAGCGAUGCACCACCUACGGAAGCAGCAGAUGAUGAAGAGCAAACUACUGACGGAGAGAUCGAUUACGAAGAUCAGUUGAAGGCGCUGAUGCCAUCCGAAAGAGUGUGGUCUGCUGCACCAUUCAAGCAUCACAAGAAGCUCAAAGAUGUUAUCAAGGAAUUAGAGAUCUUCGCCUAUAUGGGAAAUUUCGUUCCGAAACAUUUGACGGACGACGAUUGGUACCGGAUUUUGAAUACUACCGAUUCAGUUGCUGAUCGUGUUUCCUUCCUGGAAUAUGUUGCAGUGAAACAACGCCGCGAAGAAAGAGAUAAAUUGAGGAAAAGCUCCAAAGCGGAAGAGUAUGCAGCAAAGUUGGACGAAGAGAGAGCAAAGUUCGAACGAGGAGAGAUGGGUUAUGGACCGGAUCUUUACCAGCUGAUUCACAAUCCGAUGAGGAACAGAAAGAAGAUCAAUAUGGCCCAGGGAGCAAGAAUUGUGUCGACUUUGCGCUGUGACGAAGCUCCCAAAAUUGUUUUUGAUCUGCAAUAUAUGUUCAACGAGAAACCACGCGUGCAAUCCGAACUCGGCAAUCAGUUGCAGUAUGUUAUCAGCGAAAAUUUGGAUUCAAGAACGCCUUUGCACAUGACUUUUGCGAACUUCCCAGAUACCUAUGAAGCACAGGAAUGGUUAAACCGAUGUGUCGGUUUCUAUGGAGGGCAGUACACUCACCAAACUGUGCUACCGGAUUUUACGAGCAAGGGUAUCAAGGAGGUGUUCCCUGAAGAAAACGUCGUCUACAUAUCCAGGUGA